UAUAAGAGGAAGAUUAUGGAGACAAGGACUUAUAUAUCUUCCGUCGCAUUCCACGCGAUAAGCAUUAAGGAUCCAUUCAAGGCGCACCAGCAUCAGACGUUCAUCCAAACCAGGCAAAUAUUCUCGAAGGCAAUCUGGGCACCAGGCUCAACAUGCCCUGGGGUUUAGACGGAGUUUAUUCGUAUUUACGAAGUCUGGAUAUCCAUCUCCGCGUAUCACUAGCUCACGACCUAUACAUAAUGCCUCAAGGCAUGAAUAACAAGACCUUUUGUCAUCUUUCAUCACAUUGCCCGUAUCGUUGAGUGAACUUCCAUCGCUGUCAACAAUAAUGACCAACACGCCAUCCACUGUCGUGCUCAUCACAGGUGCAAACUCGGGCAUCGGCUUCGCAACAGCCAAAACCAUCGUCUCAGCCUCGCCAGACUACCACGUCAUCAUCGGCAGCCGCUCUCUCCAAAACGGCCAGAAUGCAGUCCAAGCGAUCCAGUCCUCAGGGACCACAAACGGCUCUCUGUCUAGCAUCCAACUAGACGUCACGGACCCGACCUCAAUUGCAUCCGCCGCGAAGCAAGUCGAAUCGCAGUUCGGCCGUCUCGACGUCCUGAUCAACAAUGCGGGCGUCUUCUCCCAGUCCCAAUCAACCAAGACGGCAAUGGAGGAGACGUUCGCGGCAAACUCAAUCGGGCCUGCGCUGGUCGCCAUGGCCUUUAAUCCUCUAUUGAUGAAGUCGCCUCGUCCGUACUCGAUUUUCAUCUCGAGUAUUCUGGGUUCCUUGUCCGAGGCGGCUGAUCCCUCGUCUUCGGUGCACUAUUAUGACGGCGUGGCGUAUCGGAUGAGCAAGGCUGCGCUGGAUAUGUUGGUUGUACAGCAGCAUAAAUUGUUUGGACCUAAGGGGAUCAAAGUGUUUGCUGUGUGUCCGGGGUUGGUAAGGUCGAAUCUGAGAGGGAAGGGGAGGAAGAUGUGUCUGCGGGAGGAAGGGCGGGGGAUCCGAUGGUUCCAGCGGAGAUGAUUUUGGGUAUAAUUGAAGGGAAGCGAGAUGCUGAUGUGGGGAAGCUUUUGCGUGGU